UGAGAGGAGCAGGAAGGGGGCGGGCAGCAGGAAUGCGCCUUUGUCGUCAGCGGCCCGCCUGCUUUCCCUGUGGCCUAUAAAUUACAGCGACGCCAUCUCUUCGGUCCUUUAGUCUCCGAGUCAACCGAAGGGAGGUUUGCAGCUCCACCGCUGAACGCAUUCACGCCAACUUAAAAAUGGGCAAGGAAAAGACACACAUCAACAUUGUUGUCAUUGGACAUGUCGACUCCGGUAAAUCUACAACCACUGGCCAUCUCAUUUACAAAUGUGGUGGAAUUGACAAGAGAACCAUUGAGAAAUUUGAAAAGGAAGCAGCUGAGAUGGGUAAAGGAUCCUUCAAAUAUGCCUGGGUCUUGGAUAAGCUGAAGGCUGAACGUGAACGUGGCAUUACCAUAGAUAUAUCUCUCUGGAAAUUUGAAACUUCAAAGUACUACAUCACCAUCAUUGAUGCCCCUGGACAUAGGGACUUUAUCAAGAAUAUGAUUACUGGAACAUCACAGGCUGACUGUGCUGUGCUGAUUGUUGCUGCUGGUGUGGGUGAGUUUGAAGCUGGUAUUUCAAAGAAUGGACAAACUAGAGAGCACGCUCUGCUGGCCUACACUCUGGGUGUCAAGCAACUCAUUAUUGGUAUCAACAAAAUGGACUCCACUGAGCCACCAUACAGCGCAAAGCGAUAUGAUGAAAUCACAAAGGAAGUCACCACAUACAUCAAGAAAAUAGGCUACAAUCCAGCGACUGUAGCUUUUGUCCCCAUUUCUGGUUGGAAUGGUGACAAUAUGCUGGAAACCAGUUCAAAUAUGGGCUGGUUCAAAGGUUGGGAAAUUACUAGGAAAGAUGGUAAAAUUACUGGUCACACUCUGUUGGAGGCCUUGGACAGCAUUCUACCUCCAGAGCGCCCUGUCAGCAAACCACUUCGUCUCCCCUUGCAGGAUGUCUACAAGAUUGGUGGUAUUGGUACAGUACCAGUGGGUCGUGUUGAGACAGGUGUUAUGAAACCUGGUAUGGUGGUGCAAUUUGCUCCUGCUAAUAUUGUCACUGAAGUGAAGUCUGUGGAAAUGCAUCACGAAGCCCUUCAAGAAGCCUUACCUGGUGACAACGUUGGUUUCAAUGUGAAGAACGUUUCUGUUAAGGAUAUCCGUCGUGGUAAUGUUACCGGUGACAGCAAAGUAGAUCCACCAAUGGAAGCCUCUGCCUUUGUUGCACAGGUUAUUAUCCUGAACCACCCUGGACAAAUUUGUGCUGGCUAUGCUCCAGUACUUGAUUGCCAUACUGCCCACAUUGCCUGCAAGUUCAGUGAGUUGAAGGAGAAGAUUGAUCGUCGUUCUGGCAAGAAGUUGGAAGAUUGUCCAAAAUUCGUGAAGUCUGGAGAUGCAGCCAUCGUAGAUAUGACUCCAACCAAGCCCAUGUGUGUGGAGAGCUUCUCUGAAUACCCACCUCUUGGUCGUUUUGCUGUCCGUGACAUGAGACAAACUGUGGCUGUAGGUGUGAUCAAGGGUGUUACUAAGAAAGAAUCUGCUGUGAAAACGACUAAGGCUGCAAGUAAAAUAUUAAAGAAGUGAAUAUCACCAUUGGCCACUCUGAUUCAGCGAACCCUGUUGAGACUGACACCACCAAAACGUUUGUUUGAUACCAGCCAAAUAUGUGUGUUGAUGAGGGACUGGAUAUUGAUUAAGAUGCAUCGAAAGAAAUUCAGAAGGAAAGGAUGAGGAUUGGUGUUAAUUGUAAAUGCCCCAUUCACUUUGAGUGAUAACUGUUUUGGUUGUGUAAUGACUUAACUAAUAAAUAUCCAAAACUU